AUAAGUCAUAUAACAUUUGACCAUGUUCUUAGUUUAUGAUACACGUAUCAUCGUCUGAAUGCUGAUUUGGCAAAUCAACAACCGAUACACGAGAGCCUUCUCAUGAGUUUCCCAAGUCUUAUAAAUUUCGAGUUUCAGCUAUGUUCAAGAGUUAGUAACUUGCUUCUAAUCAAACUCAGUCUUAACCAAUUGAAGAAGGAAUAUAUAAGCUGAGCGACAAUGGAAGGUGGCCAAAAGGGAAUGAACCCGUUGUUUGUGGAGAUGGGGGUUGGCUAUGAUCUUGAUGGGCAGGACAUAACAGCUGCUGCUAUGAGAGCAUGCAAAGAUGCAAUAGCUACUAAUUCAAUUCCAGCUUUCCAAAAGGGUAGCAUCCCUGGUGUUACAUCUGAUAACAUGAAAGUACAUGUGAAACUUGGGGUGCCUCAUCCUCUCCAACAAGGCUUGGAUAAGGACAGAAUUAAGACUGUGUUUCCAUAUGGACAAGUUACGGGGUUUGAAGUAGUGGAUGGUGGAAUGGUGUGCUCAACCGAGGAAACGGUUGACAGGAACGAUGACUGUUACAUUGUCAAUGCUGCUGUCUAUGUUGGUUAUUAAGAAUUUGGUUCCUCUCAGUUCCCUGUGGUUGGAAUAUGGAGCUUCAGAUGCAUAAGUAGUAAAGCCAUCAUGGUGUGUAUGUGGACUUUUACUGUGUACUUAAUUGUAAUGUGUGCUGUAAUAAUUGAUUAGUGCUAUUGUUGGUUAUGGUUAAAGCUUAAAACUUUAGAAGUUGAGUGGUUGUAAUAAUAAUGUUUAAGUAAAAUAAUAAUAGCAAUAAAAUUGUUGGACAUCUUGAAUGGUAUAAUAACCGAGUUUAUGAGAUGGUGAGUGCUGCAUUUAGGAGGAGGUUCCAAGUAUCAGGUACUCCAGGGAGGCACCAAUGGCUGCAAUCUUCACCCUUGGCCCCUUAUGUGGUUCUGUUUCUCCAGUGCAACUUCAUUUGAAACAUAAGAUUAGUUGAAACUCUAAUUGAUUCAUGAGAGGAGUUAAUUAAUUAUUACUUCUUACUGGGUAUGUUUUGGAGAAAUGCCUUAAAAGAAUACUUUGGUUUUGGAAGGGUCAAGAUUUUGAUCAACCCAUGUGUUUAACCCCUUAUGAAAUGCUUCCAAACGGUCCAUGUCCUUCACAAGAUUUGAAUCAUCUCGAAUAUAAUCCCAUCUGCAUGGUUAUAAUGUUGAUAUAAAUGUACUUAAUAAUAGGUUGGGUGUGAUAUAUGAUAUAUCAUAAUAUAUGCAAGUUACCCUUGAGAGGAAGGUCAAGAGGUCAGUCCCUAACCAUGAUUUAUUACCAGCUUGAAUGGAGUCUAAGUUGAGGACUCGUGCAACGCUUUCUUCAACUAUGUCCACCAAAUAUUGCGUCCAGUAGAACUCUAUGCUUACUUCAUACUCCUGAACUCAUUAUACCAUCAUUAUUACCACUUUCAUUCACCAAAGAUAAAUCCUAGAAAUUGGAAGGCCAAGGCACAUGCAUCCAAAACAAGUUGAAGUUGCAGUCACGGGUUUCAUUCGUUCAUUUUAUGCAUAAAAU